CAACCAGGAUCUACUCGGGCAUUCAGAGGUGUGCGUUAGAAAUCACAACCCACACGCGCACCCAGAGCGAUUUGGGAAGCGGUGCAGUUUUGUUCUGUUUUAAACAGCUGGGAUGGAGCACUUUUGGCCGACAUCAUUUGCGCCGUUCCUCCCUUUUUAAUUCAGAAAAUAAACGAGUCCAAUAGGGAAGUGGGGUCGGCUUGUCUCCGGGCCGUGGCGCCUCCGACCGACCAAUCAGCACGCAGCGGGCCUGAGAGCGCAGCGCGAGCCCUGACCGCCUGAGCGCUCGAGCGUGCGGGGAAAAAAAAUUAUUCUGUCACUGAGGCACCGCCGAACAGCGCGUCCGCAAAAUGCCGAAUAAAACGAAAAAGGAAAAGGAAUCGCCAAAAUCUGUGAAAGCCAGCAGCAAAAACAGUAACGUCAAUGCUGGAAAAGAUCCUGGGACUGAAAACUCGGAUGAGGCGCAGCAGCAGACAGCCAGCAAGCGUCCCAGCAACAGCACUCCACCUCCAACUCAGCUCAACAAAAUCAAGUACUCAGGUGGUCCACAGAUUGUGAAGAAAGAGCGUCGACAGAGCUCUUCACGCUUUAACCUCAGCAAGAAUCGUGAACUGCAGAAGCUCCCUGCCCUUAAAGAUGCCCCAACUAUCGACAGAGAGGAGCUGUUUGUACAGAAGCUGCGCCAGUGCUGUGUACUGUUUGACUUUGUGACUGAUCCUCUCAGUGAUCUCAAAUACAAGGAGGUGAAACGUGCCGGACUGAAUGAGAUGGUGGAGUACAUCACACACAAUCGUGAUGUAGUUACUGAAUGCAUCUAUCCUGAGGCUGUUCUUAUGUUUUCGAUGAACCUAUUUAGGACCCUGCCUCCUUCUUCCAAUCCCACUGGAGCAGAAUUUGAUCCUGAGGAGGAUGAACCUACACUGGAGGCAGCUUGGCCUCACCUGCAGCUGGUGUAUGAAUUCUUCUUACGGUUCUUGGAGUCUGCUGAUUUCCAGCCUAAUAUUGCCAAAAAAUACAUCGACCAAAAGUUUGUAUUGUCUCUCCUGGAGCUGUUUGACAGUGAAGACCCCAGAGAGAGGGACUUUUUGAAAACAAUUCUACACAGAAUUUAUGGCAAGUUUCUGGGACUCAGAGCGUACAUCCGGCGACAGAUCAACAACAUUUUCUAUAGGUUUAUAUAUGAAACAGAGCAUCACAAUGGGAUUGCAGAACUCUUGGAAAUUCUAGGAAGUAUAAUUAAUGGUUUUGCUCUGCCAUUAAAAGAGGAGCACAAAAUGUUCUUGAUCCGAGUGCUCCUGCCAUUGCACAAGGUCAAGUCACUCAGUGUCUAUCACCCUCAGCUGGCAUACUGUGUUGUUCAGUUUCUAGAAAAAGACAGCAGUCUCACUGAACCAGUUAUUAUGGGUCUCUUGAAGUUCUGGCCCAAGACACAUAGUCCUAAAGAGGUGAUGUUUCUGAAUGAGUUGGAAGAAAUCCUGGAUGUCAUUGAGCCUUCAGAGUUUGUAAAAGUUAUGGAGCCUCUGUUUAGACAGCUAGCCAAGUGUGUUUCAAGUCCUCACUUUCAGGUUGCAGAGAGGGCAUUGUAUUACUGGAACAACGAGUAUAUCAUGAGUCUGAUCAGUGACAAUGCAGCCAAAAUCCUCCCCAUCAUGUUUCCUGCUCUUUAUAAGAACUCCAAAAGUCAUUGGAACAAGACAAUCCAUGGGCUUAUUUACAAUGCUCUAAAGCUCUUUAUGGAGAUGAACCAGAAGCUGUUUGAUGAUUGCACUCAGCAGUACAAAGCCGAGAAGCAAAAGGAGAAGUAUAAAGUUAAGGAGCGGGAAGAGAUCUGGCACAAGAUUGAACACCUUGCUAAACAAAAUCCUCAGAUUGUGAAGAUCCAUCCUAGUCUCCGACCUGGUCUGCCUCAGGAUGCGUAUAUAAUAUAUAAUGAAAACCAAGGGAUACCACACUAUUCCAUGGAGACCGAGACUCCCACUGCUGAGGACAUCCAGCUGCUGAAGAAGACCGUGGAAUCUGAGGCCACACAGGGAAUGAAGGAUAUAAAAAAGGACAAGGUGCUGAUGCGACGGAAGUCAGAGCUGCCACAAGAUGUGUACACUAUAAAGGCUCUGGAGUCCCACAAGCGGGCAGAAGAGUACCUGACCGCUAAUCAGGAAGCCCUCUGACUUAGGAGCACCACAACCAGUCACCUGCACCACGCCUAGACUGUCCCCCUCGUAUUUGUCCAGAAAUGUCGCCUGCUGUGUACUCCCCCUCUUUUCCUCCUUUUGUCUUUGCCUCUUUCCUUCUACACUUCCUCUUGGAGAGGCCUUUCUGCAAAAUCCUGGCCAGCACGCGAUUGUGAACAGCUCCCAAUUUCUCCCCUUAAACUACUGCUUUCUCUUUUUCUUUCUCUCUCCUUUCCACCUCAUUUACAAAUCAAAAAAACAAUCAUGCAAAACAGUAUUUGAAUUGUACUAUGUUUGUUUUUUUAGAAAACAAAACUUUAUAAUUUUUUUUUUUACUCUAAUUUUGCAAUUGUUCCCAUUUUAAUUGCCUGUCUUUUCAUUUCCUCCUCUCUGGCCCAGUCUAUCCAUAUUCAGGUAUGAAGUUAUGAACUGACUGUGUUGUCAAAAGACAAUAAGCAACCGAUUAGUGUCGAUGACGGUGCAUUUGUUGAGGCAGGUGUAGGGACAAGGAAGAGUCUGUCUUUAUUUCUGGAUCAUGUUGCCUUGCUCUUGUGGGACAGUGUGAUUCAUAUGAAUGUAAACUUGCUAUCAAAAUAUACCACAAGUCUACAGGAUCGAUAGUGGUUUGUUUCCUGCGUAGCCUAAUUGUUGAUGAUAAUACUUUGUGUCCUCAUGCAAUAAGUUUAAAGUAAAAGUACAUGGAAAAAAAAUACCUCAAGACAAGGCAUCAUGCUUCCUUUUUAGAUGUCAUAAUCUGAAGCUUUUGUCAUCAGAUGAACAACUGACAGCAACAGUUAGCCAGGUUUCUCGGUUCAGUUGCAUACGAGUGGCAGGUGUUGAACUGAUAGUAUUGCUGUGCAGUAGCAAAAUGGCAGAAUCGCUAAGAUUUCAUUUAUGCCUCUAGUCACAUGUUUGCUGACUCAUCACAGGAUUUAUUGUUUAGUCUGUUUCCUGCCUUACUGGUGGACUGACAACACAACACUGUAAGGUGCUGACCUCUUAAAAUACCAGCAGACCAUUCCAUAUUUUAUCAUUCUACACAAGGAUGCUGUAUCUCAAUCUCUGUACCUCAAAAAAUGUAUCCACAAGUUGCCCAUCAUUACACAUGGUUAUCUUUUGUGUGCUGAUAUAUUUGUAAUGUUUGUUUUUUUAAUAAUAUUAACAAUUAAGAAGAGAUCCUAAUCAUUCCCUUUAAACAGCUCUUUUUAUCUUACAGCCUAACCUUCUUGACACCUUAUUUGGUGUAGUUUGAUGUUAAAAUACUCCCAUAUUUCAACUGCCUUGUCAAAUGGGGAAAGUUAAUCCAUUGUUAGCGUAUACACAUCUUUACAUUACAGUAUGUUAUACAUCUUUUAAGAGUGUAAGCAAUAUUUGUUGCAAAGAACACAGGAGGGGGGAGAAGAAAAAAAAUUUCCCUUUGCACUUAAAAAGGUCAGGUUGAAUGCUGGUCAGUCCUGUAACAGCUACAAAGCAGAAAAGAGCUGCUGGUUUAACUUUCCAAUCAGUGUGUGUAUGGGUAACUAGCUGCAGUUAUUACUCCAAAUAAUUGUAUACUAUAGAUUGCUUCGGUUUGCAGCUUUUUGUCACCUACAUCCCCUUCCACCUCUCACUGACAUUGUUUUUUUUUUUUUUUUCUUCUUUAUUUGUUUUCACCUGUUGAACAGUACUACAGUACUCACUUGUGUAUUGCAGAGUGAAUUAUAGCUCAUGCUGAUCAAUCCAAGGGAAAAUUCACUCUUUGAAUAGGCUGCCAGACAAUGAAAAACAUGUUGAUGCCUGGCUACAAGGUUUACAUGAAAUAAAGUUAUCUGCUUUAAUGGAAAAAGCCAUUCUAUAAAUAUAUAAUUGACAAUAGGUAUUCAGUUCAAUUUUACAUUAAAAUCCUGAAACCAAGCUGCAUUAGUUAUAAACUGGCUACGUGGUUUUUGUCUGGCAGCAUAAAGUCCGGCUACAGAAGAAAACAAGAAAAGAACUGGUCUCUCCACCCUCACCCCCACUCUUUUUCUUCCCCCAUCCCCCUUUCCCAAGUCUAACACUAAUCUUGAGCUGCUUUCCGGGUCAUAUGUACAUAUGUUGUACUUUAAUUAGGCAGAGCAUUACAUACUAUGAAAGUCAUAUUUUGUACAGAUGUCAAUGUAUGUACAGAACAAAAAUAAAGUGAAAAAUAAAAGACAA